CUUACACGAUCUUCUGCGCGACUCUCGACUCCCGACACUUAACCCUUGAUACUCGAUACUCGAUACUCUGUUUCAUCCUUGCCACCUCUAUACCUAGGCGGAUUAUCCAUUGUGGAUGCAUUUUCUUUCGGCGACCCGGUAGUAUUACGUGUCUGGCCAACUUCGAAGUCUCUUUUGUUCUUGUUUUCUUUGUGCCGUUCUAGCGAGGCCUUCCUUACCACCGCCACACCGAGUCUUGCCUGCGUCUAGUAUAACUCGCAUCUACUGUUCUGCUGACAAUCGCGACAUGCGUGACGUUUGACGCAUGAAGUCCACAUGAAGUAUUCCGCUGCGAGACAAUACUCGAAGACCUCAUCACUAUCGCGUCGAAGCACCAUUCGUCGUCGUCAUGCCACCCGUACCUUCAAGAUAAUACACUCGAUCCCUCUACCACUUCGACAUCUCACUUUCGUGAGGUGUAUGUGUUAGAUUAUGACAGAAAAGCCCCCUUCCCUCCUCACCCAAUCAUCGACUCCGAGUCAGACGGUCCUCAGUCCUCAGUCCGCACCCAUCUUGUCCAACCAUGUGCCCAACAAGACUCUGGCGCCGGCAGAAGAAGAGCCAUAUACGAUCAAGUGUAUAUGCGACUUCGCUGACGAUGACGGGAACACGAUAUACUGCGAAAACUGCGAUACCUGGCAGCAUAUCGAAUGCUAUUACCCCUACAACAUGGUCGAGGUUCAUCGUGACGACUUCAAUCAUUCCUGCGUGGACUGUAAACCGCGAGCACUCGAUCGGCUGCAAGCUAACGAGCGUCAGCUUCAGCGACAAUCUAACGGAACUCGCACCGACGUCUCGGAAAGAAAAACGACCAAACGGCCACCACCCAAAGGCCAGAAGAAGAAGGCCAGACCCACGGAUCUAGGAAUAAGUGCCCACGGGGCCACCGAAAACAACUCUAAACAAACUCACGAUCCUGUACACACGCAUCAGCACAAAAAAUCCAAGAGUUCUCAUCGCCCUAGUCAAUCCAUCAGUUCCCAAACUGUCAAACGUAGCCCUCCAUAUAAUCAAAAAACAACGAAUCCGCAUGGUCACCCUCCUAGUCCAGCGACUACACCCUCAGAUCUUCCCCACGAAUUUGAAAUACAUAAUUACUCGAGCGGGUUUUUGGACUUGUACAAGGAAGAUGGAGAUUUCGCCAUAAAGACAAAUUCAUUCGCCAACUUGACUUGUUUUCAAUUCCUGUCAGAUUGGCUGCGAGAUAGUAAAAAGCUAAAGUCAGAGACGGGGUGUGACUACGAAGAUGUUUUCCAGUCCCUACCGUCUAAUGUCGACUCAGUUCAGGCUACACCUCAAGUGCGAUCAAAGAAGCUUCAAGUAGGCUCUGACACCAUGGCUCAUUGGCAAUAUUUAGCUUCUCCACAAGUCGUCGAUAAGAAUGUUUUACUUAUCGAACUCAAAGGUCAAAUCGGUAUCCAGAAGGACUAUUGCCAAGAUCCGAGUAAUCGAUGGCAAGACCUCUCUGCUCCGCUGCCUUUCGUCUUUUUCCACCCUUUGCUCCCGGUAUACAUUGACACCAGGAAAGAAGGUUCCGAAGCUCGAUACGUGCGCCGAAGCUGUAGACCAAAUGCCACCCUAGACACCUUCCUGUCUCAGGGCUCUGAGUAUCAUUUUUGGCUUGUGAGCGACCAGCCUAUCAAACCUAAUGAGCAAAUAACCAUCUCGUGGGAUUUCCGCCUACCAGACAACGUUGCGGAACGAUGGAUACAACUAUUAGGUCUCAACGACGACAUGGACAAACAGCCCGAGUUUAACGAGAAAGAGACAGAGACGUACCACAACAUUGCUGUGUGGGUGCAUAACAUACUCUCUGAGUAUGGCGGGUGUGCUUGUGACUUGGGACCUGAAUGCGCUUUCGCUCGAUUUCACAGAACCUACAUUGCGCGGGCGCAUGGUAAGGAGAAAGGAACCAAGCAAAAGAAGCCUCGCAAAUCUAAAACGGGUAACGUCUCACCGACGAGCACGGGUCAGGCGACAAAUAGUCGUGCACCAAGUGAAGGUCGUCUUGAGGAUGGUGUAGAUAACGAUUCUGCAUCAUUGAAAAGCAAACCGCCUAGUCGCGAUAUGACACCUGCACCACGUCAGGGCUCAUUCGAAACAUUAGGCGUUUUAACCGAACUGACAGACCGGGACAAACGUAAAGUUCAGAUGGUGGAGGACUCGUUCCGUCGCAUGGAGCAACAACAACAACCACCCAGAAAGAAGAAACGAACCUCUGAUGGAACAAGUAGCGGGGCAUCCGGCGCCUCGUCGAAAUCUAAGUCGAAAAGCGCUCCAACAACUACAGUGACAACUAGCAGUACGAUAGAGAGUCGAUAUGUGGAUGCUGGUACCUCUGGCAGUGUUGGCGGCUCACCCACCAGUGCAAUAUCACCAACAUCAGUGGAUCCACUCAAGCAACUGGGUCAGCGUAAAUCUUUUUCACUGCCCCCACGAAACCCAUCACAAGGUCCCCAUCCAGAGUAUCGAGAUGUAGGUGUUCAAACAGAACCAGUAAAUGGGGCGUGGUUCAGUGAUGAUCGGCCAACUCAAAAGCCAAAGAGGCGAGUUGUCUCGCUAUCCAAGAGGCUGCUGGAAAGUAGGCACCGGCUUCGAGCCGAAGAUGAUUCGCGUCGCACAAGCACAGCUGCAUCUCCGACGUCGGUAGCGUCAGCGCUGGUCAAGAUGGAUCUGGACUCGCCUACGACCGAACAGCCGAGCACCAGCACAACGAUACCCUCCCCUGACACAGCCAACGCCACGGUAACGCGGCAUGAACCCACAACUACAGCAGUAUCUGAAGAUACCCCUAUGUGUGACGCUCCAAUAAAUUCACCUUCUAGUACACAAUCGUCACUCGUUCACGCAUCUACGCCGCCAAAAGCUGCCAAGGUGAAAUCGCCUGAGCUUCGCGUUCAGCUACCGCCUGUUCCGGCGUUCAAUAGCUCGUCGACAGUGGCAAGCUCAGCUAUAACGCCUGUGUCUGCGUCAGGUAGCGUGGCCCAGUCUCCAUUUGCUGCAAAUAAUCUUCAUAGCCCAUCUGUGCCUCCGCCUGUGGGGGGAGUUGUGGUGCAACCGAGCCCUGUCAAGAAGAAGUUGAGUCUCAGCGAGUAUACGAAGAGUCGAACAAAUAAGGCCGCUGCUGCAAAAUCGUCAGCUGCCUUGAAGCCACCACCUACUACGAUUAUUGAAGAAGCUAAAUCACCAAUCAGCACAGAUGCUGUCAUGUUCGAUUCCCCAACAAAUGAAAAGGGUGCCGAUACUUGAAGGCAUGGUGCGGUCAAGUUCUUCGACAUAUAAAGAUAUGGAGUUGUCCGGUGUGCAUAGCUUAGGCCGUUCCUAUGCGGUUUUUAAUCAUGUCCUUUCAGUUAGGAGUUACGGAUACCAACUUGGCGUUCGAUAUAGUCAGGGCGCCCACGAUGACGGUUCAAAUUAUUCUCAUAUUCGGCGUUGGGGACAAUGGCUUGAAUCAUGGCGUAUUCUUGGAGGGGAUCAUGGACAUUGGAACCCUAGGAUUUUUGAACAGACCCAUCUGAUGGUCUUCUCGGUGGCCUGGCACAUGACGAUGCGACCUCUCCCACCUCUGUUGUGUGAUCAUUACUCAGUAUUCCCUUCAGGCGGGGAUAUAUA